AAUCGGGACGUUCACUCGGGGUGUGCUCACUCCAUGCCACCCUCUUGGAGACACUUGGGUGAGCCUUUAGUUCAUGCAGAGCUCUGGGCCGCGAUUCGCCAGCUCCAGGGCCUUGAGAAUGUUGCUUCAUUCCCUGCCAGUUACCCCAUCAGUAAAAUACCAUGGUGAGUCAGUUCCCUCCGAGGGCGACUGGGAGGCAUGGUGGAGUAAUGUGGGGAAGGCAGUAAAAGAACCUAAUAAUCUGCACAAUAAACAAUGCGGUCCUUCUCAUUAUUUGAAUCGAACAACUGCAGAAACUGUGGAGCUGGACAGGGCGCUUGCAGUUUCCGGGAUCUCAGGUAACUGUGGAAAGUAAACCAGAAGCUCAUCACCAGCAGCAGCCAGCAGCGACUGCGGCGCUCCUAAGACCUUCACCAUAGGUCUCUCAACUCAAACUCCACUCUGCCCCUCCUGGUGACCACUCCUACCAGAGAGUAGGUGGGACAGCCAAUGGCUCAAGAUGAUGGUUCAGCCUCCCCAGCAUUGGGAUUUCAGGUUGUAAAAAGUGAAGAUUUCCCAGGUCUCCGAGAAGGACUAAGUGUAAGGUUACUAACCCUUGCUGUAAUGCUACCCCGGCCCUUCUUCGCCUUAUGGUCAGUGACUCAGAAGGAUCUCAAAUCCUCAAGGGAAUGGGAGGGCUUCGGGGCACCCGCGGGCUGGAACGCGCCUCCUUUUGGGCUUCGGUUUUCAAGCGUGAGAACGCCGGGUGACGUCAGGGCCCAGGUGUUCCCGGGAGCGCGCGCUCCUGGCGCAGCGCGAUCCCGGGAGCGGACUCUCGGGACAGGGAGGCGCAGUCCCCAGGGCUCGCUCCCGUGUGCGCUCCGGGACGCCCCGCGCCGCGCUGACUUACCCAGAAGUUCCCCUUGAACAGUGAGCCCGUCAUGCCGGCGCUGGGCUGGGAGCGGAGGACGGAGGGCGGCUGAGAUCGGCGGAGAGCGGGAGGACAGCGGGAGGACGGUCGGAUCGCGCCGAGAGCUCAGACUGUCAGGGACAAGGUCCAGCCGCAACUUCGGAGUUCCACUGUCGCCCCGGGAAGCCGCCCCGGGUCCUAAACCACGCCCGAUUGCGCCGCCCCGCGCCCCGCCCGCCUGCCCGCCCGCCCGCCUGCCGGCUCCGCGCACCUGCAGAGGGCCACCCGCCCUGGCCCUAGGGCGCGGCCGGUCCAGCAGCUCUGCGGGGGGCGGUGGCCAGUCCGAGCCCCAGCCUGCGGGACGUCUGGACGACCGACAGAACCGGUCCUUCUUCCUCCCGUUGCCCACUCGACUCUUCCCACCAAACCCUCUCGACCUAGAAAUUCAGACUGGAUCAGUAGAAACCCUAGGAGAUGCUUAAAACGUAGGAAGGCCUUCGCCUAUGGUGCUAAUGCUACAAGGAAUGGAGCGCACGCACCGCCCGGGAGGGGACUGCAAGCUUUAGUCUAAAAUGUCAAUUAAAAUGCGUUAUCCGUGUUUCCUUUUAACUUUGCAUAUCUUAAUCUAAACUCAGUUGAGGUGUCUUUACCACCUGUCUCACCCGGCAGUAAAAGCCAGGCUGCUUUCUGCUCCCUCUAGGUUCCAACUCUCCUCAGAUAGAAAAACAGAGGCUCACACCGGUAAUCCCAGUACUGAGGGAGCUGAGACUGAAGAAUGUGAGUUCAAGCCCAGCCUGGGCUACAGUCUGAGGUUUUUUCCUCAUAAACAGACAAACCAAAUAGGACUCCAGGGCACGUCAAACUCCUCCUUGCUUGGUAAUAGACGAAGUUCUCUGUUCAGUGUGCCCAGCGUCCAGCCUGAAACUCAAGAGAGCUAAAAGAUUGCCCAGGUUCACACUUAUGUAGGGGAUGGAGAGACCAAAGCUAGAAAAGUCUGUCCUUCUUAACAGGGCCAAUGUCUUUCUGGGUAAGAAGUGUUCGUAGGGAAGAGAGUGAAGGUUAAGUUGCCAAGGCUGACAUCGAGCCAGUUCCCCGUCAUGCAUUCGCCUCUGCAGCAGAUUCUAGUUAGAUCCUGGCACAGCACAUGACAAUCUUGGGAUGACUAGAAGCGCUCACAGGUUUCUGCUCAGUAACUCUACUCCCAAGUCCUACCAGUAGGGCCAUCUGUAACGACAGGGAUGCGCGAGAGCCCCCAGCCCUGUUACUCUCCAAGGACAAGCAUCCAUCAACCAGGUUCUUCACUGAGGUUAGGGGACUGGCUGAUUUAAAAGAGGACUUGGGCUCAAUUUCCAGUAGCCACAUGGCAGCUAACAGCAAUCCUUAACUCCAGAUUCAAGGACUCUGACACCCACUUAGUAUGUUUUCCUAACAAGGGCAUGCAGGUGGUGCACAGACAUAUAUGCCUGCGAAACACCCAUACAUGUAAAAUAAUAAAA